AGACGUGACUCCGUCGCCCACUGAGCCAAACUGGAAAUGGGCACUGGCUCUCCGGUGGGAGUUGGCUGUUGAGCUGUACAUCUCAUUGCCUGGAAACGGGAGCCGGAAGGUUCUCAAACAAGAUUCCGCUUUCUUAGGGCGGUAACGGCGUGCACGGGUUGGGGAAGGGAGGUGGGAGAAGCGGAGCCGCUCUGAACCAUGCUAGGGAACUGUGGGUCAGUCUGUGAAGAGGCCCAGCUUUGCGGGACAGCGGUGCGAGCCUGCGCCGAGAGACGUUCUUGUGACCGGCGGAAAACUACAUUUCCCAGCAUCCUCUCGGUACCAGAACUACCUUACCCAAAAGCCUGAACGCUAUUCAUCCAGCUUUUCGCCCUUCCCCGCCAGCUGGAAAGCCGAAGACAUGUGGGGUCGCUGGUUUGGGCGGCUCCUGCGUUCUGAAGGCAGCGGGGGCUGCUGGGUUUCAGCUCCCCGCGGGCGUUUUUCCCCGGCCCUGAGGAGAGAUUUCUUCACCACCACAACCAAGGAAGGAUAUGAUAUGAGGCGAGUGGACAUAACUCCUUUAGAACAAAGGAAAUUAACGUUUGAUACCCAUGCAUUGGUUCAGGACUUGGAAACUCACGGAUUUGACAAAGCACAAGCAGAAACAAUUGUAUCAGCAUUAACCAUUUUAUCAAAUGUCAGCCUCGAUACUAUCUAUAAGGAGAUGGUCACUCAAGCUCAACAGGAAAUAACAGUACAACAGUUAAUGGCUCAUUUGGACUCCAUCAGGAAAGACAUGGUCAUCCUAGAGAAAAGUGAAUUUGCAAAUCUGCGAGCAGAGAACCAGAAAAUGAAAAUUGAAUUAGAACAAGUUAAGCAACAACUGAUAAAUGAAACCAGUCGAAUCAGAGCAGAUAAUAAACUGGAUAUCAACCUAGAAAGGAGCAGAGUAACAGAUAUGUUUACAGAUCAAGAAAAGAAACUUAUGGAGGCAACCACAGAAUUUACCAAAAAUGAUACCAAAACCAGAGGUAUUAUUUCAGAGACCGGUAACAAAAUUGACACUGAAAUUGCCUCCUUAAAAACCCUAAUGGAGUCUAACAAGCUUGAGACAAUUCGUUACCUUGCAGCCUCAGUGUUUACUUGCCUGGCAAUAGCAUUGGGAUUUUAUAGACUCUGGAAAUAACAGUGAAACUACUAUAUUAUGCUCCUACUCCUGCCACUGUUGACUUCUUAGAACAAACACUGUGCCAGGAUGGAUUUACUCUGAACAUUGAAAGUUGAAGUAGAAACUUAAUACAACAUUAUUUAAAGUACAUAUGGACUGAAGGAAAUGUUUUAGAAUGGGAAGGUGUAUUUUGUCUUUGUUUUUUAUAUAUGUCUUUAUUUCGUUAUGUUGAAAAGAUGCUCUUCAAAACCUGAUUGAUUUGAGAUAAAAACAGGCCUUUUGUCUUUAUCCUUUUGAUAGCUUACAGAAACUGAACCAGAGUUUUCUUGUUUGCUUGAACAACUGUAAAUCAUACAGGAUUUCUUUGGUAUGUGUUGCAAAUUUGUUUAGCUAUAAAUAGGGAAUCUAAAGUAUAGAGCAGUCAAAAGACUGACCUUGUAUGGUCCAGCGAGUGAGAAUCAGAGGCUCUCCAACUAAAUUUUUUUCAAAGAGCUAACAGCUGGGUUGUUUUCAAAACAAAACUUUCUGUAUUUUGAUUCAAAAUAUCUCAGAAUCCUCUUGCCUAAGAAAAUUCUUGGCACACUGUAGAUAAAUUUGUGUUGGAUUAAUAAAUAAAGACCAUAUAGGUUCCAUUGUAAUAAACUCUACAGUACAUUUGCUCACUCAGUAAAUAAGAAUGCCUUCUAUGGGCCAGACAACAUGCUGGUACCCAUGUGCACAGAGCUGAACAUGGCUUCCUUAUCAUGGAACUGACAAUCUUAGUUGGAGAAGACAGACAGUAAACAGGUAAAUUAUUCAUUUGUUACAGUUUAAAUAUGCUAAAAUAUUGAGGGGGAGUAUUUUUUUUCUCCAUGUGAAGGAAGCUCCAAUAGCAUAACAUUGUAAUCACUCUUCCUUCAACCACCCUGCCCUAGGUGAUUAAGUAAGGUGAAAGGAGAAACAAGGCCCAAGUAGCCCAGCCACUUCUCCCCAUUCCUGUUUGGGACCAGCCUGUCUACAGAGUGCAUUCAUUCUGUAGGAUCAAGUUCACCUCUGCAGGGUGAGGCCUGCUCUAGUACAGUGAUACUUGGGACAAGGUAAGUCUGUCUCUCUGAUUCGGGGGUCAGUGAUAAGUUUACUGGACUGAAGAUAUUAACCACAUUCUCCAGUAUCAGUUUUAUCAGUAAGUAAAGGUAUUAUUUAGGUCCUUAUAUCAGUUCAUUUUUUUGAGUUUAUUUUUGUAUAUGGGGUUAGAGAAUAUUCUCAUUUCAUUCUUUUACAUGUAGCUGUCCAGUUUUCCCAGCACCACUUAUUGAAGAGAUUGUCUUUUCUCCGUGAUAUAUUCUUGCCGCCUUUGUUGAAGAUUAAUUGGCUGUAGGUGUGUGAGUUUCUCAGCUCUCAAUUCUGUCCCAUUGAUCCAGAUGUCUGUUUUUGUGCUAAUACAACACUGUAUUGAUUACUGUAGCUUUGUAGUAA